UGAAUUUAAAAUAUUUGAAAACCGUCUCUCGUCCUGUGCGGUUAGUGUUGUCAGGGCGUACUUAGAUAGUUUACUGACUUUAGAUAAGAUGCACUGGAUCUUUUAAUGUUUCUGUAAAGAGGGAGAACUUAAAGAAAGGAAGAUGACAGAAGAAUCGGCAGUAAAGGUCGCUGUUCGAGUUCGGCCCCUCAUAGAAAGGGAGGAGAGUGCUGCGUUAGAGAAAGCAGAGCCCGUCCAUCUGUUCUGGAAAGCUGAUAAGAAAUCCAUCCAUCAGGUGGACGAUGUGAACUCGACAAAGAGCUUCAGUUUUGAUCGAGUGUUCACUGCGGAUGAGACAACCAAUCAGCUGUACCUGAACAUCGCCAAGCCUCUGGUGGUUUCCACUGUUGAAGGUUAUAAUGGGACCAUAUUUGCGUACGGGCAGACGUCCUCUGGAAAGACGUUCACCAUGAUGGGGAGCAGCCGGGCUCCGGGUGUGAUCCCUCUGGCCGUGGAGGACGUCUUCCACACUAUUAAAAAUUGUCCGAAGAAGGAGUUCCUCCUCCGGGUUUCUUACAUGGAGAUCUACAACGAGACCGUGACGGAUCUGCUCGUCAACGAAGAGAAGAGGAAACCUCUGGAAGUCAGAGAGGCAAUCAACAAAAACAUCUACGUGGCCGACCUGACCGAAGAACUCGUGACGAAUCCUUCCCAAGCUCUGGCCUGGAUCCGUAAAGGAGAAAAGAACCGCCACUACGGGAAGACGAAGAUGAACCAGCGCAGCAGCCGCUCACACACCAUCUUCAGAAUGAUUCUGGAGAGCCGAGAAAGAAGCGACCCCGCAUCGGGAGAGAACGCUGAUGGAGCCAUUAUUGUGUCUCACCUGAAUCUAGUGGAUCUGGCCGGAUCUGAGAGGGCGAGUCAAACCGGAGCUGAAGGUGCACGCUUUAAAGAAGGCUGCAACAUCAACCGCAGUCUGUUCACGCUUGCCCAGGUGAUCAAGAAACUGACGGAUGAAGGCCAGGGUUUCACUAACUACAGAGACAGUAAGCUGACCCGCAUCCUGCAGAACUCUUUAGGAGGAAACGCUAAAACGGUCAUCAUCUGCACCAUCACCCCGGUCACUCUGGACGAGACACUCAGCACUCUGCAGUUUGCCAGCACUGCAAAGAAGAUGAAGAACGACCCUCACGUGACGGAGGUGUCCGAUGACGGAGCUCUGCUCAAAAGGUAUCGCAACCAAAUCGUCGACCUCGAGCGCCGUCUUCAAGAGGUUUCCUCGGUCACACAGACGACAGCAACAGAGAAGGAGGUUCUCUCCCAGCUGCUCCAGGAGAAGGAUCAGCUCCAGAGAGAGCAGGAGGACCGGAUCAAAAACCUGACCAAGCUGCUCGUCACCAGCUCCAAUCAGUUCCCCGUCCCAAAGAUGCCUAAACGCAGAGUGACGUGGGGAGGGAAGAUGCUCAGACUCGCUCACACCUCAGAGUCUGAAGGAGGAGUGUCUGAGCUCAGCUUCGCAGAGCCGUUUGCCCGGAAGAGGAAAGCAGACCGCUCCUGUCUGAGUGAACUGUGUGAAGAUGACGAGGACUUUCAGUGGGAGAUCUCUGAGGAGCCUUUAAACGACAUGGACAUGAGUCAGAGCAGCGUGACUGUCCGAAGCUUUGGAGAAAGCCCCAAAGACUGCGUGUCUCAGAACCAGAUGCGUGAGCUGUCGGGGAAAGUGUCCAACCUGGAGCAGCAGCUGCAGGUGGAGACCCAGCAGAAAGACGAGGCCGUGAUGAAGGUGGAAAUGUUGGACAGCAGAGUGUCGGAGCUGGAGCAGCAGCUGGAGAUGGAGACCCAGCAGAAAGACGAGUCCGCAAUGAAGGUGGAGACGUCGGACAGCAGAGUGUCGGAGCUGGAGCAGCAGCUGCAGGCAGAGACCCAGCAGAAACAGGAAGCUGUGGAGAAGGUGGAGAUGCUAGAGUUCAGAGUGUCGGAGCUGGAGAAACACCUGGAGGAGCAGAGCCACAGUCAGAGCGGCAGUGAUGAGCAGAUGAAACGAGAGUUUGCAGAGACCGUCCAGCUGUGUGAACACCUGGCUUCAGAAAAGGACAUGAUGGCUGAAGAGAGGGAUUACCUGAAGCGGGAGCUGGGCAUGUUCCUCGAGCAGAUUGAGGGUAUGGAGAAAGAGAAGUCGGCUCUAUCGAAGGAGCUGCAGGACACGAGAGAGACGGAAGAGUUCAAGAGUCUUGAGGAGGAGUUCAGGAAGGAGCUCGAGGACGAGCUGCAAAACGAAAUCUCUGGUUUGAAGAGCGCAGUGGAAGCCUCUGAGCUGCAGUGCCGCGAGCUUCAGAACAAACUAGAAUCCCAGUCUGUGGAGCUGAGGAGGAAAAGUGAAUUUGUAGAAGAGCUCCAGAGCAUGAGCGGUAAGGAUUUGGUGCAGGAGGUGGAGAAGCUCCGUCGCUCUCUGGACGACGCUGAGGGCGUCAGCAGGGACACUAAGAAGGAGUGGGCCCAUCUGCGCAGCCGGAACAUCGCUCUGGAGGAGUCAAACGUGACUCUGACCACCAGCCACGACAGGAUGAAGGCGGAGGUGGACGGUCUGCACUAUCAGCUCGAAACAGAAAAGUCCCGUAACAAAAAGAUGCAGAGUGAUCUGCAGAAAGAGCUGAACGUUGCGUUUGAUGAGAACACCAAGCUCACCACGCUGCUGGAUGGAAAAGUCCCAAAGAAUCUGAUCGACAGCGUGGAACUGGAGAGGACCGUGUCCAACCUGAACAAAGAGCUGACGGCGUCUCGUGAGACGGAGGAAACCCUCAAAGCUCAGCUGGAGGAGCUGGCUUCAUUACAGACUCUUCCACAGCAGGUGGACUCUCUAAUGCAGCAGGUGUGUGAGCUGACCGAGGAGCUGUGUGCCACUCAGACUCACAGAGACAGUCUGAUCUCAGCUCAGACUCAGAGUCAGGAGGAGGCUCAGCAGCUCAGAGACUCCCUGCAGACGAGCCAGGAGGAGAUCCUGAACACACAGGCGGAGCUGAGCGCUGCAGCGCUUAGGGAGGAGCAGCUCAGGGAGCAGAUGGAGUCACUGCGCUCAGAGCUGGAGAGCUCGGAGGCCGAGAGAGGUCGACUCGAUACAGCGGUGGAGGAGAAACAUUCAGAGCUGACGGAGAGUGAGGAGCAGAGAGCGUCCCUGACAGAGAGAGUGGAGGAGCUGCAGCAGCUGCUGAAGGAUCUGGAGGAGAAACUUGCUGACAGUGAAGUUUCCAGAUCAACAGAGGAGGAGAUCAGCAAAGAGCUCCAAGAACAACUGAAUCAGCUGACUGAAGAGCUGCAGAGUGUUCGAGCAGAGAAAGACGCCCUGCUGUGUGCUGGAGCUCAGAGUUCUUCAGAGGAGACAGAGAAGCUGCUCUGCACGGUGACAUCUCUCACUGCAGAGAGAGAGGAGCUCCAGAAGGACCUGCAGAGACACGAGGAGACGGCGGCAGAGACACAAGGUCUCCUUCAGUCUCUUCAAAACGAGCUCCAGGAGCAAAAGUCAGAUCUGGAGAAGCACUUUGAGCAGAAGGUUCAGAGUCUGUCAGAGGAGCUUCAGUGUGUGCAAGAGGAGAGGGAGACUCUGCAGACCGGUGCUCAGAGCUCUGCAGAGGAGACGGAGAAGCUGCAGUCCACCGUGUCGUCUCUCACCGCAGAGAGAGAUCAGCUCAGGACGGACAUGCAGGAGAAUGUGGAGAUGAUGAUAGAGAACCAGGAGGAGCUGAGGACGGCUCUGGACAAAAAUAACGAGCAGAAGGAGCUGAUCAAACGACUAAAGGCUGCACAGACAUCCACGCAUGAUGCUGCUCAGCCUGAGACGAGUGCACAGCUGGAGGAGCUGCAGACACAAGUGAGCACACUGACGGAGCAGCUGCAGAGUGUCCUAUCAGAGAAAGCCGCCCUGCUGUCAGAGAAGGAGACGAGCUUUCAGAGUCUCAGCGAGGAGGUGGAGCAGCUGCAGCGCAGAGUGACGUCUCUCAGCGAGGACAGAGAUCAGCUGCAGGAGACUCUGGAGGCCGUGAGGCAGGAGAAGCAGCAGCUCACUCAGGACAUGGAGGAUCGGAUGGAGAUGGUUGCAUUAGCUCAUAGUGAGUUGAACCAGCCUGAAGCUCUGAAUGUGGAGCUGCAGGGACACGAUGAGAGAGUAUCACAACUUCAGCAAGAGACGGAACAGCUUCAAGUUGCUCUUCAGGCCGUCAGCGAGCAGAAGAGCCGGCUGGAAGAGGACCUGCUGCAGAACAAGGAGAUGGCUGCAGUGACUCAGGGUCUUCUACACUCGCUUCAGCAGCAGCUUCAGGAGCAGAAUGAAAGAAACGUGGAGAUGGAAAGACUGAGCCAGGAGAGACAAACUCAGCUGGAACAGCAGGUUGUAGAGACUGAGAGUCGUCUGCGUUCUGCAGAAGAGGAGCUCCAGCAGCAGAAACAGAGACACUCGGAUAACAUGGAAGUCUGUGAGCAGCAGAAGGAAUCAGGCUCAGAGCAGCAGGUGAAGAGUCUGUCAGAGCUGCUCCAGGUUGCUCAUUCAGAGAGAGACACCCUGCUGAUGGAGAAGGAGACGAGCUGUCAGGGUCUCUCAGAGGAGGUGGAGAAGCUGCAGCACAGAGUGACGUCUCUCAGCGAGGACAGAGAUCAGCUGCAGGAGACUCUGGAGGCUGUGAGACAGGAGAAGCAGCAGCAGCUCACUCAGGACAUGGAGGAACGGAUUGUCAUGAUCCAACAGCUUGAAGAGCAUCUGCAGAAAACUCAGGAGGAGGUGAGCCAGCUGAAGGCAGACCUCCAGGAAAAUGUAGAACUGAUGAUUGAGAACCAGGAGGAGCUGAGGGUUUCUCAGGAGAAGGUCAGAGUCCUGCAGGAGGAGAUCAGCGCGCUCAGGAGUGAGAAAGCCGAGCUGGACACCAAACCGAGCGCCGAGACAGAUGGAGAGACAACGCUCCAGAUACAGGAGCUCCAGAACCAGCUUCAGAGCCUGACGGAGCAGCUGCAGACUGCAGAAGCAGAGAGAGACGGUCUGCUGAGUGAGAGGACGACCCACUCUCAGACUCUCAGCGAGGAGGUGGAGAAGCUGCAGCACAGAGUGACAUCUCUCAGUGAGGACAGAGAUCAGCUGCAGGAGACUCUGGAGGCUGUGAGGCAGGAGAAGCAGCAGCUCACUCAGGACAUGGAGGACAGAGUGGACACACUGCAGGCUGAGGUGGCCCAGCUGAACAUGACUCUGCAGACUUUAUCUGAGCAGAAGAGAAGUGUGGAGGACGAGCUGCAGCAGAACAUGAACAGGGCUGCCUGCACAGAAGAGCUCCUAACUUCAGUCCAAGAGGAGCUGCAGGAACUUAAACAAAUAAACACUAAUCUGGAGAGAGAGCAUCAGGAGAAGGAAAGCACUUUAGACCAACAGAUGAAGACUCUAACGGAGGAGCUGCAGACUGCAGAGGCAGAGAGAGACGGUCUGCUGAGUGAGAGGACAACCCACUCUCAGACUGUCGUUGAGGAGGUGGAGCAGCUGCAGCACAGAGUGAAGUCUCUCAGUGAGGACAGAGAUCAGCUGCAGGAGACUCUGGAGGCUGUGAGGCAGGAGAAGCAGCAGCUCACUCAGGACAUGGAGGACAGAGUGGAUACGCUGCAGGCUGAGGUGAGGAUACUGACUGAGGAGCUGCAGAGAGUGAGAUCAGAGAGCGAUGCCCUGCUGUUGAAGGAGACGGAGAAGCAGCAGCUCACUCAGGACAUGGAGGACAGAGUGGACACACUGCAGGCUGAGGUGAGAACACUGACUGAGGAGCUGCAGAGAGUAAGAUCAGAGAGUGACGCCCUGCUGUUAAAGGAGACGGAGAAGCAGCAACUCACUCAGGACACGGAGGACAGAGUGGACACACUGCAGGCUGAGAUCUCAUCCCUGCAGGAGAAGCUGAGUGAGAAGGAGGGUGAGAGAGGAGAGAGAAAGAUGGAGCUGCAUCAUCAGAUGCAGCAGCUCAAAGAAAAGCUUCAGGUGUCCAGAGAGAAACAAACCCACGCCAUGGCUGAAGCUGACACCUCACAGCAGUUGCUCGGUGAAGCGAACAAGACCAUCUCAUCCCUCAAAGAGCAGCUGAGCAGUUUGGAUCAGAGCAGCAGCAGGGUCAAAGAGUCUGCAGAGUCACGGCUCCAAGAAUCUACUGACCAGCUUCAGGAGUACUUCCAAAAGUUCCAGCACUUCUUCGACAUGUGCUCCAAGUACAACUCUGAAGCUCUGAAUAAGACCCUGACCAUGGAGUGCUCUCCGACCUCUCUGCCACAACGCACCAUGAGCACAUACAAAGCCGUCUGUGAGCAGGGGCAGCAGGCUGUGCAGAUUCUGGGGAAAUUCAGUGACCACCUGCAGGCGAGAGCGCAGGGCUACAGGACUCUGUUUGAGGAGCUGGUGCAGAAAGAUCUGGAUGUGUAUGAGGAGAGGCGGCUGCAGGACUUGCUGCUGUGCAGAGCUCAGGCACCCAGCUUCUCUGUGAAGGACGAAGACUUCGACUCGAUGUGGGAACAAAGACUGACCGCUCUGCUGGACAAGAGGAACCUCUACCUGCAGAAAAUGACGGGCAUUUUGGAGAAGCUGUGGGCCAACAUGAAAUGUUACUCCAGUGAACUGGCCACCGAGAUCAGAGAGAGGGAGAGGUUCAAGGAGCAGCUGCAGGUCCACUUCUCUAAAAUGCCAAUCAGCUUCAGCGGGCUUGACGGCAUCCUGAGUCGAGAGCUGGACCACAGGUCUGCACUGGCCCGCAGCAGGAAGACUACUCUGCAGGGCAUGGUCGAUGAACACAACGCUGUGCACGAGGAGAUGAAGCCGCUGCAGGCUCGGACUCACAGUCGCCUCAGUGACGAGAGAAGCAGGAGGUCCACUCUGCUGCAGCCACUGGAGGGUGCUCCUCUGAAGACGGAGCUGACGCUGCUGAGGGACAACCAGCAACUCGCUCUUCAGCUCCAGCAAACUGAGGACAGAGUCAAGGCUCUGUGUGCAGAGAGAGAGCAGCUGGAGGAGGCUCAACACAAAGCCAACAGCAGAGUGUCCAACCACAAAGAGGCCACGCAGCUCCUGCAGACCGAGCUGCAGGACAGCCGAGCACAGGUGGAGGAGAAGGAGAACGCCAUCCAAACUCUGAGGAGCAAACUGAGGGAGUCUGAGAGAAACGCCUCCCCCAGUGCUGCUGAGCUGGAAAAACUCCGCUCUAAACUCUUCAAAAUGGAGGUGGAACUGAGUUCAGUGUCGGAUAAACACCAGAAAGAGAUCCAGAAGAUGACCGCACUGCUGAAUGAAAAAGAGGAGUCUCUGAGGAAGCUGAAGGAGACUCUGAGGAAAUCCCAGCAGCAGGGAGAGGAGUCCUUCCUGCAGGGUGAGGACCUUCAUGCCAGACUGACAAACCCCAAAGGUCUACUGAUCAAGAGCAGCGUCCUGCAGGAGAAGACCAAGCUGGAGGAGGACAUCAAAAAGCUGCAGAUGAAGAUAAGCGAGUUGGAGAGCCUGGUGUCCAGCCAGCAGGCCGAGAUCAGCAAGUGGAGGAGCAGAGCCAUCAAGCUGAAGGCUAAGAACAAAGGCGACAUGGACAAGCCCUCACCCCCCUGCACCCCCACCAAAAGGGGGCUCCCUGUCACCUCUGACUCCUCCACCGUCUACAGCUCACCCAAGAAGUUUCUGGCCGCCCCCAGGAAGGUCCUGGACUCUCCCAGGAAGGUUCUGGAUUCUCCCAGGAAUGUCUUGGGCUCUCCCAGGAAGGUCCUGGACUCUCCAAAAAGCAAGUUCUUUGAUGUCGGGGGGAGUUCAGAUAUUCUGUCCCGGUCCUGUCCCAAACAGUUCUUCGAUAACUCCAGCCUGGGAGCCUGUCCAGAGGUCUACAAUGUUCCUGACUCUCCAGCUGCAGAGGAGGGUGAAGGAGCGUCUGCAGAUAGAAGGGAGGAGUGGUGGCCCAAGUCUCCGAAGCAGGAGGACAUGUGUCCAACUCAAUGAUUUUUCACAUGUGCAAUACUUUUAUAUGUGUUUUAAAUGUUUUCAGCUUUGUUUGUCUGUUAGAAUAAUAAAACUCUACUGUCUUAA